CUUCAAGCAGCAGCAGCCAACCAUGGAGCCGCACGCCGAAGCCGAGCCGUCGACAUUCGAGAAGCGCCCGGUCGUCGACCUCUUCCUCGUCUGCGACACCACCGGAUCCAUGGGUUCGUACGUGGCGUCGCUCAGCAGCACGAUCAACCAAGUGUUUGCACUCACGGAGCUCCUCUUCAACGGCCGCCUCAAGCUUCAUGUCGUGUCGUACAAGGACUACUGCGACGACGCCGCCGUCUUGACGAGCGUCGGGCAGCGCACGCACUCGAACGACGAGAUCAAGACGUUCGUCGCCAAGCUCCGCCCGAGCGGUGGCGGGGACUACCCGGAGGCCGUCAAGACCGCUCUCAACGCCGUCGUUGCCACCAUCAACGCGGUCCAGGCCACCGAUGCGGUCGUCUUCUUGUACACGGAUGCGCCGCCGCACCACCCGGCCACGACGUCCGCGUACUUGAAGCAAGAAGUCGCAGCGAUUGCCGGUAACCCGGCGUACACCGCCGGAAGCGACUGGUUUGGGAUUCAAAAGACGCUGCAGUCCAAGCGUGUCCCGGUGUACACGUUUCAUUCGAACCACUACACGCCGGAGGCGACGAUGUCGUCUGCCGUCUUCUACGCCCUCUUGGGUCCCGUGACCGUCCUGACGUCACGGACGCCGACGAUGAUCACAAAGUCGACGAUUGGUCUCCUCCUCCAGCUCAUGGGCCAGGACUUUGCGUGCGCGGACGAGUUGCGCGUCACCAACAUCUCGCGCACCGGCGUGCACUUGGACCCGACGUUCACGGCCGAGAAGGAAACGCAGCUUGGCAGCAUUCACGGUCUGACUUCGUCCACCCAGCCGUUUUCGUUCGAGUCGCAUGCUAGCAUGGUCGAAGACCUCGGUCAGCUCCCCGUGCUCUUCAAGUCCAACGAGGCUUUCCGCAACUUGGUCUACGCAACGUUUACAGAGGUGUUUACGCCCGAGAACGUCCUGUCGCUGACGUACAACCCGGUACUCGGGAAGCUCUGGCGCCUCGUGUGUGGUCGUCGCCUCGACGAGCGCCUUCAGACUCUCUCGACGCAGCUCUCGACGUGCAUCCCGGCGCUCAGCGAGACUGAUAAGCGCCAGGUGCAGGAGUGGCUCGACGCGUCUCACGACAACAGUGACUUCAUCCACGACACGCUUCGGGCGCUCCCGAGUGGCGCUAGCUACGUGCUCGAGGCAGCGGCGUUCUCGAUCGACAAGGACGACGUCCGGUCACUCGCUCGGGCGCCCAACCCCGGCGUCCUUGCCGCCGUGCAGUCGCUUCUCACGCACUUGCGCAUAUACCCGUCGGUCGAGACAGCGAUGGACGAGGCGUCCAUCAUGCAUCUCCCAGAGACCAUCUCGAACGAGCACCUCUUUUCGUUUCUGCCGCACUUGAUUUUGCCCGGCACGACCUUUUCGACCAAGGGUGCAGCGGUCAUGGCGCUCCUCUGCUGCCUCUCGGAGAACGCGCUUCUUGCGCAGCGCGCCGAGGCGUAUCUGACGUCGAUCCGCGGGCGCUGGAUUCCGCUGGACAACGUCGUGGACUUUCCCGAGGUUCUCUCGCUCGAGUUUAUCAAGCUGCUUUACCGCGGCCGCGCCUACUUGACCGAGAAGGAAGCGCGAAUCUACACGCAGCUCUACCACGUGCACCGGCUCCGGCUCGCAGCCACCAAGGACGUCGAUGUCACGCUCGGGUUUUCGCCGACCAAGACGCAGCUGUGGCCUGAUACCAAGGUGCGCUGUGCUUCGUGCGGCGUCGACACGAGCUGCUCGCUCAUGGUGACACCCGACAUGUGCGCGCUCUGCUUUACAUCGGGCGUCGAGGAAGCCAAGGCCAUCCAGGCCAAGGCCGCCGUGCCCGGCGCCAACUCGCACCUCGUCGAGUGCCGGGGCUGCCACGGUCUGUACGCUGUCGUUCAAACCGACCUUCUCAACAUUACGCCCAAGUGCUUCUACUGCCGCACCGGCGCCAAGCACAAGCCGGCGAUGUACCACUGCAACGGGUGCUGGAACGACUUUGUCGACCCCGCCGGGCUCUACGCGGCCGUGCACCCCAACGCCUGCGCCGUGUGCACGGCGACGCCAGCGAAAGCCACCGCGCCGACGACGCUCACGCUGCAGGCGCUAUUGACGGCCAACCCGGGUAUCCUCGCCGACUUGCAGUGGACACGCCCGACGACCGCUGCGUCGUUUGCAGCCAUGGCCUUCGACCGAACCAUCAACUACUUCAAGAUGUUUACGCUCAAACACGAUCUGCUCUUCAGCGCCAAAGAGGCGACGAACCAAGCGCUAACAACGCAGGUGAUCGUCGACGGCAAGCGAGUGCACAACGCCGACGCGCUCGUGGCGUCGAUCCGCGACACGGUCGUGUCCGGGACGCUCAAGGACGUUUGCAACCUCUGCUUUGACGAGCUGACGCUGCCAGCGCUGACGUCGGCAUGCGGACGCUGCAACACCAAGUGCUGCGAGCCGUGCCUGUCGCGGUGGUACGGCGCCGUGCAGCCGGGCAAAAUGGUGCUCGCGUCCACCCUCGGGUGUCCGUUCUGCCGUCGCCAGCCGACGCUCGGUGUGCUCCGCAAGCACAACCGGCAGGCCUGUGCGCUCGUCGCGUCCAAAAUGACGUGGCGCGCAGAUAUGUACUAUGGCUGGUGCCUCGGCUGCUACAAGGUCAAGGAGCUCAUCGAGCGCACGUGCGCGGUCGAGCCGCCGUACGACGUCGCGACGUUCCGCUGCACCGAGUGCGUCGCCGCGGCCACCGCCCGGGCUGCUACCACUGGUACGGUGACGCCCGUGACGGUGGCGUGCCCUGGCUGCUCUGUCGAGACGGAGAAGACAGGCGGCUGCAACCACAUCACGUGCAACUGCGGCCAGCACUGGUGCUACGUGUGUGCCGCCGGCUUUGACUCGGCCGACGACGUCUACGAGCACCUCUACGCGACGCACCGCGGCAUCUAUGAUUUUGACGACGAAUAAUUUUCACAUGACAAAGUAAAAGGAUACAUAGUCUGCGUUUUCUCAGUUAAUCUCAGUUAAUAUCAAGUGCUUCGAGCCCCUCACUCCCGCCAAAGCUCAC